AUGCCCGGAACUGGCAGAGCACACACGGCAGAGGGCGGCUCGCCAGACCAGUGCCACAGGACAGCUGCUGGCAGCCAGCCAUUCCUGGAGGGACACCUGCCAGGUGGAGCAGAGGCCAGGCCUGGGCCAAGGGAGCCCAGGAGCCCAGAGCCUCGAAGCCCAGCUGUGGCCCGCAGAACAGACAAUGCCCAGGAGCCACUGACCCCCAGCCACCAGCUCAGAGCCAUGUCCUCAGGCCAGCAGGUGUGGCACACGGCAGUGCCACCCCCGCGCCAGAGCAGCUGCACAGCGGGGGAGCCCGGGUCCCCUGGCACCCCCGGCUCAGAGAAGGUGGCCUCGCCGCUGGAGUGCUCCAUCUGCUUCUCAGGCUACGACAACGUCUUCAAGACGCCCAAGGAGCUGGCCUGCACCCACGUCUUCUGCCUGGAGUGUCUGGCCCGGCUGGCGGCCGCCCAGCCCGCUGGCCGCCCUGGCGGGGACGCCGUACCCUGCCCGUUCUGCAGGCAGCCCACGGCCGUGCCGGCCGCCGGGGCGCCUGCGCUGCGCACCAGCCAGGAGCUGCAGGCCAAGAUGCCGGUGCACCUGCGGCGCGAGGAGCCCGUGUGGCUCGAGGGCACCAAGCUCUGCUCCCGGCCGCUGCCCGCCACGCCCGGCCGCGCGGCCCCGGGCGUCGUGUGCGUGGACGUGGGCCUCCGCAAGCCUCCCGAGUGCGCCCCGCCGGUGCCCGGCCCCGCCCCCCGCCGCGGUCGCCGGGCGCGCUGCUGGGCGCGCUGCUGGGGCUGGCGGCGCCUGGCGCUGGUGUCGCUGCUGCUGCUGCUGCUGAGCUGUGUGGUGCUCUGGCCCGUGCAGUGCGCGCUCAAGACCGGGAGCCUGCGCUGCCUCCCCCGGCACCCGGCAGCCGCCGCCGCCACCGCAGCCCUCUCUCUCGGGCCUCUGGCCAACACCUAGGCCCGCUCCGCCUGGGACAGCUCAAUCUUCCCCUCCUCAGCUCCGAACUGGCAGCCGCGGGAAUUCAGUCCCCUCCAAGACUGCCAGGGAGCCCCGACAUCCACGGAGACGCGGCGGGAUGGACAGCAGGGUCUCCCAGCACCAAGAAGUUCAAGCUCUCGGGCCCAGAGCCUGCCCCGGCCCCUCUCACCGUGCACACUGUGAACCACCUUCCAUUCUCACAUUUCGCCGCAGACCCCUCCCCAGGCAGGGCUGGCCCCCUCCCUGCCAGACGGGGCAGCCCCCGCGCCCUCCCGCCUGGGAACUGAACAUUUUUAAAUAAAUUGUUUUUUAUCCACA